AUGGAAUUAGAGAUGUCCUUUCAGACAAAGAAAAGAAUUUGUUUCGUUAUGGAUUUAAUGACGAAUGAUUUGCUGCAUUAUAUGGAACAUCAGUCCGCAUGCUGCGUCCAGAAUGCUCGCAGGUGGAGCGCACAACUGGCGCUUGGUAUAAACGCUCUGCAUAAUAUGGGCAUCAUCCAUCGCGAUAUAAAAGCAGAAAAUGUUCUCAUCGAUAUACAACAGAACGUGCGUAUUGCUGACUUCGGGCUCAGUUAUAUCGACGGGGAGCCAAAGCCCCUGCAUUCGUGGCGGGAUUAUACAUCAGACGUAAAGGGAACUACCAAUUGUAUGGCGCCUGAAAUCCUGCGCAACAUAAAAAACCCAGAUUCUAUGAGGUACGGGCCGCCCGUGGACUGGUGGUCGUUCGGAUGUGUCCUGUACGAGCUUAUUUCGCCGGGUCAUCAGGCACGUCUCUUUGAUUCGGAGGACGCCAUAAUGGAGUAUGUUUCUUGGCGCUCCAAACAUUACGGACCAUGCGACUUGUUCCCUGCGUUUCAUCAGCUUGAUUCACUUAUCGCUGAUUUAGUUGUAGGAUUGUUCAAUCCCCUUGCCAUAUUACGGUAUGGGUUCCAACAGGUUACAAAUCACCGGUAUUUCUCGAACGAUGAUGGCACGUCGGAAUUCCACGACGCCUGCUCUCGCGGUAGGUUAAAUUUGUCUUGUUUGCAGUGA